UAUAGCCAUCAAGUGGAAGGGAUAAAGCGAGACAAACGCCCGGAGGAUGGGUAUCCGUGCCUCUUAUCCCACGACUACCCAAGCCACUCUCGCGCGACUAACAGCAGACACCACCCAAAGACACUCCACCCGAAGGUCUGCGACAGUAAGAAGCCCUUCACACGUCAGUACUAGAUUGUCGCCACCCAUUUAGCCAGCAUUUCAUUGAGAUUGAGCUUGCCCCAUCAGACCAUAACAAUCUCAUUGAUGCUAUCGGGAUCAACCACGAAUAAAGUAAUGGCACCAGGAAUUCUCGAGAGCAGUUCAACACCAGUCAUCGACAACAACAGGACUAAGGCAACGGUGAACAAGUAUGGUUUUCCCCAGGACGCCGAUUGCGAAGAGUAUGCCAGAUCUCUCGACGAGUCUGACCCUUUGCGCGGAUUCCGCGACAAGUUCAUCAUCCCGUCCAAGGCGGGAUUGGAGAGGAAGUCGCUCGCAGUGACGCCAGCCGACAGUUCUGCUAGUAGUAGUAUCCCCUCCGACAGGGAUGGGAUAUAUCUCUGCGGCAAUUCACUCGGCCUACAACCGAAAUGCACGUCGAGAUACAUCCAAGCACAACUCGAGACGUGGUCCUCCAUCGCGGUGGCAGGCCACUUCACCGAACUCGAAGAGUCGCCCUUGAAACCGUGGCAGUCGAUGGCCGAUUUUGCGGCCGAACAGUCCUGUCGCCUUGUCGGUGCUCUGCCGGGCGAAGUGGCCAUUGCCAACACGCUGACUGUGAACCUGCAUUUGUUGAUGGCUUCGUUCUACCGACCGACAGGCAAGCGCAACAAGAUCCUGCUCGAGUGGAAGGCAUUUCCUAGUGAUCAUUACGCCAUCGAGUCACAGAUCGCAUGGCAUGGCUUUGACCCGAAAGAGGCGAUGAUCCUUGUCGAGCCAGACAAAGACCAUAUCAUUUCGACCGAGAAGAUUCUGGCAACCAUCGACGAGAACGCAGACGAUAUUGCUCUUGUCUUGCUUCCCGGGGUCCAAUAUUACAGCGGCCAAUAUCUCGACAUCCCUCGAAUCACCGAGUAUGCACAUUCGAAGGGAUUGAUCAUCGGCUGGGAUCUGGCCCAUGCCGCGGGAAACAUCCCGAUGAAGUUGCAUGAUUGGGACGUCGACUUCGCCGCGUGGUGUACUUACAAGUACAUGAACGCCGGACCAGGAGCUAUCGCCGGCCUUUUCGUGCACGAGAAGCAUGGCAAGGUCGAGUACCCCAACGGUCCUGACGACGACCCGGUCUUCAGACAUCGUCUCACCGGCUGGUAUAGCGGCGACAAAGCGUCGCGCUUCAAUAUGGACAACAAAUUCAGGCCGAUCCCUGGAGCAGGCGGGUUCCAGAUAUCCAACCCCUCGGCGAUCGACUUGACAUCACUUUGCGCGUCGUUGUCCGUCUUCAACGAGACUUCGAUGGAAGAGCUCCGCGCCAAAUCAUUGAAACUCACCGCGUAUCUGCAGUGGCUGCUCCAGAAGGACAUGCCGUCCAACGAUGAGGGAGAUCGGCCAUUCCGCAUUAUCACGCCUCUCGACCCGUCGAAGCGCGGCGCGCAGUUGAGUUUGCUGCUUUCGCCAGGGCUUUUGGAGCAGGUAGGAGAGGCACUGCAGAGGGAAGGCAUAAUUGUGGACCAGAGGAAGCCGGGCGUCAUUCGUGCAGCGCCUGUGCCUCUGUAUAAUACGUAUUACGAUGUUUGGGUAUUCGCGAGGACAUUUAAGAAAGCUGUUGGGUUGUAGAACAGUGAUGAAAAUAACGUGCUAGUUGAUCAAUGAUCCGCAAUAUAGCUCCCGGUGCAGCAUUUGUUGCCCGAUGCGCUCGA